AAAUCUGUGACAGAGGUAUCUGAGGUCGAUUACCCCAUGGUUCAAAAUGGUGGAUACUACACUCCUGAGAAUUGCAGAUCGAGACAUAAAGUGGCCAUAAUUGUCCCCUACAGAAAUCGGAAGGAAAAUCUAGCAGCAUUUAUUACAAAUAUGCACCCCUUUCUUAUGAAACAGAAGUUGGAGUACCGGAUAUUCAUUGUUGAACAGAAAGGUACAGAUUUCUUCAAUAGAGGGCGCCUCUUCAAUGCUGGUUAUUUAGAGGUACGGAAGUUUGGCAAUUGGAAAUGUGUAGUGUUCCACGACGUGGACCUGCUUCCUCUAGAUGAUAGAAUACUCUACUCCUGUCCAAUGUGGCCAAGACACAUGUGUGGCACAGUCGUGGAGGUUAAGAAUCCGAGUUUCCGAACACUAUUCGGCGGAGUUUCCGCAAUGAUUCCACAGCAUUUCGAGAAAGUUAACGGUUUCUCAAACGUAUAUUGGGGUUGGGGCGGCGAGGAUAACGACUUAUUUUGGAGGAUUCGUGCCGUCGGUCUACCAAUAGUCAGAUACAACAAGCUUAUAGCAAAAUAUACGUCACUUCAACAUGACAAGUCGAAACCCAAUACACUCAGAUAUAACCUUCUCAAAACUUUUGCGACACGUUUUUUACGAGACGGUCUUACAACUUUGGAAUAUGUCGUCGAUAAAGUCACAUUGCACCAUCUCUACACGCACUUGAUGCUGGAUAUAAACCCCAAGAAGAAAAACAUUACAAAGAUAAUGUUAGAAGCAUCUAGAUGGAUAUAAUUAAAAAAAAAUACAUAUG